GGAGCUUAAAACAGGUCACGUGAGUUGGCGUUCUAGGACGCGCCAAUGCUACGGAAUCGAGUCGCGUCUCUUUCAACGUGCCACCAGAAUCGCUUCGCAAUCCACAACUGGCUCACGUAGCAGACUGAACAAGGCCGACCAUGCUCCUUUAUCGCUUAGCUUGCUAUACCAUUUGCUAGUUCUUCUGGAACCAACCGACAAUGGCCUCGGAAGAAACGUGUGCGAACCCACUUCUUCUGGGGUGGGUGAAAGAGUGGGUUGACUUAGCCCGGGAGCGCAACUCCAAGGGUGUGACAACCUACAAGAAUGCAUACAACGCCUUGAAGGCCUGCCCAGUCACUUUCAAACACCCGUCUCAGCUGCAACAGCUCAAGGGCUUUGGCCCCAAGCUAUGUGAUCGCUUAACCGAGAAGCUCAAUAAACAUUGCGAGGAGAAUGGUCUGCCUAUGCCUAAGCGGCCGAGGGCGGCACAUAUUCCAGGGCUCAAUAACGAAAAUGAAGACGAGGAGGAGAUACAGGCCAGGCCGGCCAAGAAACCGAGGAAACAAAAAGCGUAUGUGCCAACCUUGCGGUCUGGUGCAUACGCCUUGAUCCUUGGUCUCAUUACGAUAGGAGAAGACGCACCUGUCGGAUUGACAAAGGCUCAGCUCAUCGAGGCAGCACAGCCUCAUUGCGAUUCUUCAUUCACCGCGCCAAGUGACCCUACGAGAUUCUACACGGCGUGGAAUUCGAUGAAGACCUUGUUGGAGAAGGAUCUUGUCUACGAACGAGGCCGUCCUCUCAGGAGAUACGCAUUGACAGAUGAAGGAUGGGAGGUGGCACGAAGAAUACAGAAGACUGCCGAAAAGACACCCGCUGAGUUAGCAGCACAGCAAAGGAGGGAGAUUCUGCCUGAAAUAGUACCCGAGAAUCCUCCACCUCUACCCGCCGCCAGACCACCUUCAGCCGAGAUAGAGGAGAUCGAAAAACCACCACAGUCAGCCUACGCAGACGUUGUGGUCAGUAGAGGAGAUGUGGCGUCAGAUAGUGUAGACUUGCCUACCUUUCGGCCGAUUAGACUUGCUCCAGGUUCAUUCACAGUGCGCCUUGUGUUGGACGUGCGGGAGGUACGGGCAAAGACUGACCGCGGCUAUAUGCAAGAGGAGCUCAAGAAGAAGGGAGUAGAGCCUAUAAUGAGGGCCCUCGAACUCGGUGACGCACUAUGGGUGGCCCAGUGUCACGACCCUAAUUUUCUUUCUCGCACCGGCGCCGAAGGUGACGAGAUUAUACUGGAUUGGAUCGUUGAGAGAAAGCGGUUAGACGACCUGGUAUACAGUAUAAGGGACGGGCGUUUCCACGAGCAAAAAUUCCGACUGAAACGAUCUGGUGUCAAAAACGUGAUCUAUAUUGUUGAAGAGAUAUCCAUGGAUAGCCUGAACGCCCAAAAGUACGAAGAAAGCGUUCAGUCCGCUAUUGCGUCUACGCAGGUAGUUAACGGCUACUUUUUGAAGAAGACGGACAAGAUAGACGACACAAUUCGCUACCUAACGCGCAUGACGAUGCUUCUGAAAAAGCAGUACGAGAACAAGCCUCUCUUCGUCAUCCCCACGGAAGUCCUCACUACUCAGAAUUAUCUGCCAUUACUCGAACACCUUCGAGAGAAGGAGCUUACGAGAGGGCAUUAUGUCAGCUAUCCAGCUUUUGCGUCAAUGGCAUCAAAGUCAGAUUUAAUGACGCUACGAGAUGUAUAUCUCAAGAUGCUCAUGUGUACCAAGCAGGUGACCGGUGAAAAGGCACUUGAGAUCCAGAAGAGAUGGAAGACGCCCUAUGAAUUCGUUAAGGGGUAUGAGAGAUGUGGCAGUGGGGAAGAAGGCAAGAGGAAGAAACAAGACUUGAUCUUUGCGCACAUGGGUAACCUUGUCGGAAGGAAGAAGGUCGCAAGGGCGCUAAGCCACAAGAUAGCAGAAGUCUGGGGCGAAGUUUGAUUCACUUCGAGCAUGUGCUUGCCCCGACCAUCUGAAGCACGCGGGCAAUGUUGACUAUAGAAUACCCCCAUGAUAGAGAGAUAUUAGGAAAUACCCAGGCUGUUACCUCAUAGAUGAUUUGCAAAACAUAGUACCAAGUACGAGGUUGGCCAAUUAUCAACACGGAGAAUAAAGCACAAUAAUCUGAGAAAUCCUCAUUUGUUGAAGUGUGAAAGGAGAAAGCCCCAUAUGCCCCGUAUGUCCCUACUCAAGAUUACUUCGUCUGAUGUGCGCCCACUGCCAAAGCGAGUCAGCAAUCGCCUCUCAUCCAAAAGCACACAUAGCUCUAUAACCAGUAUUUAAUAAAAAAAAAAAAAAAAUU